GGUUCCUCUUGUUCUUCAUCUUCGAGAUCUCCAUACGCAUCGUGGCCGAGGGCUGCUACUUCGCGAGCUGCUCCAACCCAGACUUUGGCUGGAACGCCUUCGACUUCUCGAUUGUGUCGGUGAGUUUGUUUGACUGGACCGUCAGCACCUUCACCGCAGACAAAGGGGGGAUGAUGAAGUACGUCCUCGUACUGCGCACGGUGCGGAUUCUGCGCAUCUUGCGAGUGCUGCGGUUGUUCAAGUCGUUCAAGCAGCUGUCUCUGUUGGUGCAAGGGCUGAUGGUGUCGUUUCGCUCUGUGAUCUGGAUUGGGAUUAUGAUAUUCAUGGUCAUGCUCGGGUUUGCUAUCUUCAUCCGCGAGCAGGUUGGCGAGGUCAAACGCACAGACUUCGAGGACGAAGAGGAGUACGACGAGUACUACGAGUUCUGGGGAAGUGUCGGGAGAUGUCUCGUCACCUUGUUCCAGUUCCUCACGUUCGACGACUGGUCCGAGACUGCCGCGCUGGCCCGGAGGCGGGCGGAUAUGAUUUUCAUAUUUUGGGCGUACAUGUUCAUAGCCGCAUUCGCCAUGCUGGGGCUUUUGACGGGCGUGAUUACCGAUCACAUGAGCGAGGUCAGCAAGGACCAGAAGAAGCAGACGAGCGACGACCAGGACGACGACCUCGACGCUGUCGUGGACGAGUACCGCGCGAGGUUCAAGGAGGUGCACCCCCGCAUCUCGAGGGUGGACUUCGAGAACCUGGUUCAGCGCGAGUCGCCGUUCGGCAGGAAGUUGCGGGAGCUUAACGUAAGCGUCUUGCCAGCAGACGUCGACGACAUUUUCGAGUGUCUCGACAAAGACAGGAAAGGAUUCAUCAAUUGGGAGGAGCUCUCCGCCGGCCUCAAGCGCAUGCGAGGCGAGCUGCAGGCCAAGGACAUCCUCCGCAUCCGCUUCGCGGCGGCGCGCGUGGCCGCCCUGCUCGGGGCCGGAGACGAGGCCACCACCAAGCAGAAGUUGAACGAGGUGCAGAUUGUCAUGGACGGCGUGGACAAGGGCCUGCGCAACCUGACGAAGCAGCUGCAGGGGUUCGUGCAAGACAGGCAUGGGUCAGGAGGCUUCGGCGCCCUCAUGCUGGGGUCGCGAAGAAGCUCGUCCGAGGCGGCACCGACCACACGGGAGAAGGUCAAGGAGUGA